UUAUAUUGGAAUCCUCUCCUUCCUUCCUCCUCCUCCGAGUCUCAUGAGGCAUUUUCAUUCUCUUUUUCCUCUCAUUUUCUUUGUCAUUAUCAUUUUAUCAUUAGUAUUUCCCGUGACUUGGUGGCCAUCACGGCCAGACCCUCCCCAGACGCGGCGAGACAUGGCGUGCGGGGCGCCGCGCGGCCGCCCAGAGCUUCCAGGGGCGCGCCGGGAUACGGCCGGCGGUGUGCCGCGCGGGCGGCGGGUACUGGGGAUGGCCACGAAACACCUGACCUGGCGGGCAGCGGUGCUGACGGCGGUGACGACGGCGGCGGCGUGUGUGUGCCUGUGGGGCGGCGCGGGACGGGAAGAUGCCAAUGAGCAGGGACUGGGCGGCUGGCCGGCGUGGGCGCCGCCGGCAUCGUGUGAGUGCCGCGCAAUGUUCACCGUGGGGGCGUGCGGCCUGGAGGCCGUGGCGGCAAGGCGGCCGGGCGACGCGGUGUGGGCGGCGGCGGUUUCGGGGGUGGCGACGGCGCGGGCGGGCCAAGAGGUGUCCCUCAUGCCCCGCCUGGCCACGCUGGCGCGGUAUCUGCCGAGGCUGUUCCGUGUGCGGGUUGUCGCGGACGGCGGCGUGCACGGUGACGCCCUGGCCAACCGCGCGGGGCACGCCUGGUUGCUGCGGCCGUGCGCCGUGCACCUGUACACGGCCCAGGACGUGGCCACGUGCGCACGCCUGCACCUGGCGGCCACGGGUGCGCCGCUGCGCCUGGCCUUCGUCGGGGACUCCCGCGUGCGCAACACGCUGCAGGCGGCGGUGCGCGCCUCGAGCGGCGCCGUGCAGUUCUCCGUGCCGGGCGUGGGCCUAGACGCCGCUGUGUCCUUCCUGGACAGCAUGGCCCACCACGAUCAACCGUUGCGCGCCCACGGCCUGGAGCUGCGCCUGCACUGGGCCACCUUCCUGCACCGCCCACGCCAGCCCGAGGACCAGUCCUUGCAGGGGGCGCGGGACCUGCUGGAGGCGUGGGCGGCGGGCCGCGCGGGGCCGCGGGAGGGGGACGGUCCUCCGCCGCACGUGGUGUACGUGAGCAGCGGACUGUGGGACACCAGCAUGGCGGGCGGCGGCGCGGAGGCCGUGGAGGGCUUCGUGCACACUCUGGGCGUGGUGGCGCCGCUGUUGCAGGCGCUGGCACGCCGUGCACGCGUGCUGUGGCACGUGCACGGCCCCAUCAAACCUUGGCUGGCCACGCGCGGGGCACCCAACGCGGAGCUGGACAUGAUCAACCGUGCGGCGUGGGCGCGGCUGGGCGGCGGCGACGUGUGGCUUUGGGAUUCCCGCACCGUGCUGGGCCUGCGCCAGCACGAAGAGUGCCGCGCCCUGCACGCCGCCGGCCUGCACGCCCUGGCGCCGCGCUCCUGGGGCUGCACCAACUUCCAGCACGCGGGCCGCGACGUGGAGCACGCUGCCGCCAACAUGAUCUGGAACCUGGCCUGCAACGCCAGGAUGGACCGCCCCGCCCACCUCUGCUGCGCCGCAGACCCGCCGCCGCCGCCCGCCGAGGACGUGUGAACGACGGCAAUGAGGAACGAGCGGCUGCACGGCGUGAACGAAAGAGCGGUACACGAGUGGGCGAGUGUCUGAGGCAAAACCUGAACGAGUGAUGCAGCAUGUCAGUCCCUUGGCUCAGGAACGAUAAUUACCUCAAUAUGCCAUCAUUAAAUCGCCGUGAACACUUAUGUAACUCUCUACGGGUACAAAUGUGUCAAAUAUCAAACAAUAAGCCGCCAACAAUUAGUUUCCUUAAACACAGCCACUGGUCUGGGUGAAAACAUUUAUUAUGAUCAUAAAGCCAUCAACUCUCUAUACUGGACUUAGGCAGGUCACGUAGCUCAUAAUAUAUCACGCGUUGAACCGAUAGAUAGAUAGACAGAUACACAGAUAAAUAGAUAGAUAGUAAAUAGAUAGAUAAAGAUAGACAGAUAGACACAUAGUAUACAGGUAGAUAAAAAGCAGCUAGGAAAUGAUAGACAGAC